CCAAAGUCCAAACCUUUCCCGCUCGGCCAUUGACACAAACAAUACAUCUUCAGUUACAAACUCGCACAGCCGGAGAAAGAGAGAGAAUGAAGUACGUAUUGGUAACGGGAGGAGUGGUGAGUGGGCUGGGCAAAGGCGUCACUGCCAGCAGCAUAGGCGUCGUCCUCAAAGCCUGCGGACUUCGCGUUACCUCUAUCAAAAUUGAUCCUUACUUGAACACUGAUGCUGGUACCAUGUCUCCCUUUGAACAUGGGGAGGUUUUUGUUCUUGACGAUGGUGGAGAGGUUGAUUUGGACCUGGGAAAUUAUGAGCGAUUCCUAGAUGUAACGCUUACAAGAGAUAACAACAUUACUACAGGAAAGAUAUAUCAGUCUGUCCUUGAGAAGGAACGGCGAGGUGAUUACCUUGGGAAGACUGUUCAGGUGGUACCACACAUCACAGAUGCCAUUAAGAAUUGGAUUGAAGCGGUUGCUGUCAUUCCUGUCGAUGGACAAGAAGGUCCAGCAGAUGUUUGUGUGAUAGAGUUGGGAGGGACUGUAGGUGACAUCGAAUCAAUGCCAUUCAUUGAGGCUCUGCGACAAUUGUCCUUUUCAGUUGGUCACGAUAACUUCUGUCUUGUUCAUGUGAGCUUGAUACCAGUACUGGGCGUUGUUGGAGAACAAAAAACGAAACCGACGCAACAUAGUGUCCGGGAACUUAGAGCACUAGGUUUGACUCCUCACCUUUUAGCAUGUCGCUCUGCUCAGCCUUUGUUGGAGAGUACAAAGGAGAAACUUUCACAGUUUUGCCAUGUUCCUGCUGGUAAUAUUCUCAAUAUCCAUGAUAUUCCAAACAUUUGGCACGUCCCUCUCUUACUUAAGAACCAAAAUGCUCAUCACUCAAUUCUAAAGCAGCUAAACUUACUCGACCUGGCUGCACCUCCUGCUUUACAAGACUGGACCAGGAUGGCUGAGACAUUUGACAAUCUCACUGAAUCUGUGAGGAUUGCAUUGGUUGGGAAAUAUGUCAACCUAGCAGAUUCAUAUCUUUCUGUUGUGAAGGCCCUUUUGCAUGCCUGCAUCGCGUGUUCUUUGAAGCCAUCAAUUGAUUGGAUUGCAGCUUCUGACCUUGAAGAGGAUAGUGCUAAAUUGACACCAGGAGCACAUGCUACUGCAUGGGAGACUUUGAGGAAUGCUGCAUGUGUCUUGGUUCCCGGUGGAUUCGGAGAUCGUGGUGUUAGAGGUAUGAUAUUGGCUGCAAAGUAUGCUAGAGAGAAUAGUGUUCCCUUUCUUGGGAUUUGCUUGGGCAUGCAGAUUUCUGUCAUUGAGUUUGCUAGAUCUGUUUUGGGUUUGGAAAGCGCAAACAGCACAGAGUUCGAUGAUCAGACACCAAAUCCAGUUGUAAUUUUCAUGCCUGAGGGUUCAAGAACUCAUAUGGGAAACACAAUGAGACUUGGAUCUCGAAGAACACUAUUCCAGACCCCUGAUUGUAUUACUUCAAAACUGUACCACAAUUCAGAGUAUGUGGAGGAACGGCAUCGGCACAGAUAUGAGGUGAACCCUGAAGUUAUUGGAACUCUAGAAGAAGCUGGCCUCAAAUUUGUUGGGAAAGAUGAUAGUGGAAGGCGGAUGGAGAUUUUAGAGCUUCCACAUCAUCCCUUCUAUGUAGGAGUACAAUUUCAUCCAGAAUUCAAAUCACGGCCUGCGAGGCCGUCAGCUCUAUUUUUAGGUCUUAUAUUGGCCGCAAGGGGACAGUUAGAAGCUUAUCUGGACAGGCAUCAAAAUGGAACUUGAUUUGCAGCUUGUCCCACUCUUCUUAUCUUCCAGAUCAUUCUUUCAAGGUGGUCUAGUUUUCAAGAUGCAGAAAUUUUAGGAAAUACUUGAGUUUGCAACUUGCCCUGUUUUUUCGCUGCAUUGUAUCCUCUGCUUCUUUUGGGAUGGGUAAUAAAUUUAUUGCUAGUGUUGGGCCCAAGCCCAUGUUGCAGAAGUAGCACGUUGGGUUAGGACAUUUUUCUCUGGUUUUUUUGGCACUUUAUGCUCAUGCUUUUAUGCCUGUGAACUUGUGAGAUUGUGCAGGAUAUACACAUGUACUAGAAGAUGGCGUCGGUCAUAUUAUCAUCUGACUGGUCUAUAUAUUGGAAUCUGGUUGGAGAUGGAUUUCACAUACAUUUUCAUAUAAACAUGCCUGGCCAUCUUGAGCUCAGGUUGGGACCGAGCCGUCCUAAACUGUGCUCAAUUGCGUUUUAGAUUUUUAGGUAUGCCAUGUUAUGGGACAAAUUCUUGGUAUGGUUCCACAAGGCACAUUCAACAGCUAUGAUUUGUGGGUGUGCGAGUUUGCCUCUGGGUCUAACUAGUGUGUAAUGCCACCUGAUUAAUAUAUUUGGCUUUUACACGCCAUUUGAUUUCUGAA